AUGGGACUCGAUAAACCGUACGAGCAUCCCGUUAUUUAUAUAACGCUGCAGCAAGUGAAAAUCUGCUUCAGCGUGCCCGUAAAUUGCUUCACCUUCUAUGUUAUCAUGUUCCAUACACCGCGCAUGAUGAAAGACUACAAGAUUUAUAUUGCGGUAUAUCAGCUACAAGCCUCUUUCCUGGAGCUCUGCCUUGAACUCGCCGGCCCUGAGCUGUAUUUCCCGAUGACUGGAGGAUAUUUUUAUGGAAUGGCUAAAGAGUUUUGUGAUAACUAUCCGGGACUCACUUUCCUCACAAUCCUUUUCACGGCCGGUGGCUUUUGUGCGACAACGAUGUUAUGUUUUCACUAUCGCUUCUCGCAGAUACGCAUUGAUCUCGCGGACUCCCAAAGCGUCUGGCGGACGAACCUCUGCACUACGCUGAUUUUCAUCUCCGGUGCUCUAGUUAUGAUGUGGAUUUGGCAAGAUAUCGAUCUUAAAAACGACGAUUCCGAAUACUUGAUGGUCUUGCAACAACGCUACCCAGACUUUCACGCGUUCUUGGUGACGAUGCCUAGAGCAUUUUUCAUGAUCUCCAGGAAGUCUUAUGAUUUUUGGGUUGUUGAAUGGACAUCGUUCCCUACGUUCACCCGAUUCAUAACGCUGAUGGUGCAGACAACCAUUUUCUCUGUCCUCAUCCUCAGCUACAGAACGCAAAAGCGUUUGAAUUCUCACAUGUCGGGAAUGAGCGCUGGUCUCAGGAACCGACAACAAAAGUUUUUUCGGGCCUUGGUGAUUCAGGUUGUAGUACCAUUCUUGGGGCUAAUCUUCCCAGUUCUUGUAAUUGGCUAUGUUGGCUUGUACAACACGGAUUGGUUCGGCUGGAUGGUGAUCGUCCCGGAUCAAGGGAUAAUUAAUGGCUGCACGGUAAUUAUGUGCUGUCACGGCAUCAUGUCCUCUAUAUCAAUUUUGGUCAUGUACGAUCCAUACCGACGUUUCACCGCCUCGUUGCUUUCUCUUUUCAUUUUCAGAACCAAAUCGAGACGGUUUCGCGCAUCCGCCCUGGCAGCUGGACGGUUGAACCGUGCGACGGUCAUUUCGGCGACCCUUUUC